AUGGUUGCCCGCCCGGCAAUCGGCCAGUCGAGCUCCGGGUGCACCGGGCCCAUGAUCAGUAACUUCGGUCCGUGCGUAGGUUUCCUUACAAGCGGCUCGAAUUUAUCGAGACCGAGUCCUGAAUGCUGCAACUCACUCAGAGACCUCAUGAGCAACGGACAAGAUUGUUUGUGCCUUAUUGUAACGGGAGGCGUCCCUUUUCAAGUCCCCCUUAACCGGAACUUAGCAAUCUCCCUUCCGAGGGCUUGUAGAAUGUCCGGUGUGCCCAUUGAGUGCAAAGGUACAUUUAAUCCACAGCCCUUAACGCCACCAUCGUUAGUGCCGGGAGGUGGCGACGUAAUUCCGACCCUAACGCCGCCAGGAAUGCGGCCGACUUUGACCCCAUCGACUGCACGUUCGUCUCACGAUAAGACUUUGGCAUCUUCUCUUAUGGCACUACUGUUGGGAAUCAUUCUCCUCAUCACAUGA